CAUUUUUUUUAUUUUUUUUUAUAUAUUUUGUCUAAAUUGUUCUGUUUUUAAAGCUCAAAAAAGGUUGCUCUUUUCUUUCUUCACUUUCUCCAUUUCAUUUCACAACACAAUAACAACUGCGUCUCAGUUCAAAAAAGUCAAAAUACACCGUACAGUGCUUUUUGGUGCUUCUGCUGUCCUUGCAGAUCUUGCUGAAGAUUCAAGGCUUCUUCUGUUUCUUCUUCACUGAGAGUUUUCUUGGCUGUUCAACAAAGUCAAAAGCCUGAUUUCCAGGAGGAAGAGGCAUAAGAAGUCUCUGUUCUUACUAUGCACUUUUGGUUUUGAAAUUAUUGGUGAGUCCUGCUCAAUUUGUUCUGGUAAUUCGUAGUUGUGGGUGGGUGUGUAAAUUAUUGAAGAGCUGUGGUGAAGGAUUCUAGAGAAGGAAGUGUUAUCUGGGUUCAAUCUUGAAUUUGGAUUUGAAAAGGUUUGAGCUUGUUUUGGUGAUUGUUCUUUCUGAAGUCUGGUGCUUCUCUAUGGCUGUGGAGGAGUCUGAGCCUGGGAUACCGGAGCUAGAGAGGGAGGAGAACUUAAUUGCUGCAGCAAGGCAUAUUGUGAAGGCAUUAGGGUCAAAUAAUAACCUUACUAGUGAUGCCAAGAAAAUUCUGGCUGAUCUUGGCACCCAGUUGUCCUCCAUGAACAUGACCAGUGAGAGGGAGGAGGGGAAGCAAGUGCAAGGGGAGGAUAAUGUUGAUGAGGAUGAUGAUGGUGAGGAGGAGGAGGAGGAGGGUGCUAGUGCUAUUGAAAAUCGACUUGGUGUGAUUCAGGAGAAAAUAAUGAGAUGGGAGGAAGAUCAGUCCAUGAUUUGGGAUUUGGGAACUGAAGAAGCAUCUGAAUAUCUGAAUGCAGCUAAUGAAGCCCGUCGAUUGAUAGAGAAGUUGGAGAGUUUGCAUUUGAAUAAAGAGGACCAAGAGUAUAAGUUCAUGCAGAGGGCUUAUAGUGUUCUUCAAACAGCAAUGGCACGGCUUGAAGAAGAAUUCAGGAACUUGCUUAUCCAGAACAGGCAACCUUUUGAACCUGAAUACGUGUCUUUUCGAUCCAGUGAGGAAGAUGCUGUUGAUGAGAGCUCUAUAGUCUCUUUAGGUGAUGAAUCAGUUGAGGAAUCACUUCAAAGAGAUAGUGUCAGCAGAGCCUCUGAGGAGCAUAUCAUUGAUUUAGUUCAUCCAGCUGUGAUACCAGAUCUUAGGUGUAUUGCAAACUUGCUGUUUGCUUCUAAUUAUGUCCAGGAAUGUUCCCAUGCUUAUACCAUUGUCCGGAGAGAUGCCUUAGAUGAGUGCCUCUUCAUUCUUGAAAUGGAAAGGCUCAGUAUUGAGGAUGUCUUGAAAAUGGAGUGGGUUACUUUGAAUUCAAAAAUCAAAAGAUGGAUUUGGGCUGUGAAAAUCUUUGUUAGGGUGUAUCUUGCAAGUGAGAGGUGGCUUAGUGACCAGAUUUUUGGGGAGGGUGAGCCUGUUAGUCUAGCUUGUUUUGUUGAUGCAUCUAAGGCUUCAAUAUUGCAGCUUCUGAAUUUUGGUGAAGCCAUGUCCAUUGGCCCCCACCAGCCUGAGAAAUUGAUUCGAAUUCUUGACAUGUAUGAGGUUCUAUCAGACCUUAUGCCAGAUAUCAAUGCUUUGUAUUCCGAUGAGGUUGGUUCAUCUGUUAAAAUUGAAUGUCAUGAGGUUCUGAAGAGAUUAGGCGAUUGUGUGAGGGCUACAUUUCUUGAAUUUGAAAAUGCCAUUGCAUCAAAUGCAUCAUCAAACCCUUUUGUAGGUGGUGGGGUACAUCCUUUGACCAGAUAUGUUAUGAAUUAUCUUAGGACUCUUACUGACUACAGCGAAACACUUAAUCUGCUUCUGAAGGACCAAGAAGAGGAUGCCAUCUCGCUGUCACCUGACAUGAGCCCCGAUACAGAAGAAGAUAGCAGAAGCCAAGGAUCUCCAAGUAGAGUUUCCUCAAUGACCCUCCACUUCCGAUCAGUUGCUUCAAUCUUGGAAUGCAACCUUGAGGAGAAGUCCAAGUUAUACAAAGAAGCUUCUUUGCAGCACUUGUUCUUAAUGAACAACCUACAUUAUAUGGCUGAAAAGGUUAAGGGGUGUGAGCUUAGACUCAUAUAUGGAGAUGAAUGGAUUCGAAAGCGCAACUGGAAGUUUCAGCAGCAUGCAAUGAAAUAUGAGAGAGCUAGUUGGAGUUCCAUUCUCAACUUGCUUAGGGAUGAGGGAAUUCAUGUUCCAGGUACAAAUUCUAUCUCAAGAAGUCUUCUUAGGGAGAGGUUACGAAGCUUCUACCUUGGCUUUGAAGAUGUCUACAGAAUCCAGACAGCUUGGAUUAUCCCAGAUGUUCAACUUCGUGACGAUUUGCGGAUUUCUUUAUCUGUCAAAGUAAUCCAAGCUUAUAGGACAUUUGUUGGAAGGAAUAAUUGUCACAUAAGUGACAAACUCAUUAAAUACACAGCUGAUGAUUUGGAAAACUACCUUUUGGAUUUCUUUGAGGGAUCUCAAAAGUGGUUGCAAAAUCCUAGGAGGUGAUAGAUAGGCAAGAAUAAUCCUCUUCUCUAACAGAGGCUUGUAUGUGGUCACAAACAGGUUAGGGUCCAUGCCAAAACCUUGUUCCACUUAGUGUGCAUUAUAUGUAAUGAUUGGAAGAGUUUCAGAUUUAUGCUGAUUUUUUUGCAAUGUCUUCUUUAGAUUACUUAAAUUUGAAUUAAAA